UUUUUUGCCCAGCUCGCCUCGCCCCUCGUUGCGUUUCCCCACCUCGCCAAGUUUAUCGUCCCUCCCUCCCUUCCUUCCCUCCCAAGCCUCGCCCGCCCGCCCGCGAUCCCCACACGGGAGGCUCCCUCCGCCGCGGCCCCCCCGUAAAUGCUGCCGCCGAUCAUGAUUUUUCGAUGAACAUGCUGGGGGGAUCUGAAGAUGGCUUCAGCGUGUCCACGCCGAUGCAUUGGAUGAUGCGUUGCUGAGUUUUACUGAAGCCGCAACAAGCAUGUCAGUUGUGCAAAUAAUGAUGCAUAACCAUUCAUGCUCUGACACCCCCGUUUGGACCUUUCUUCUUCUUAUGCAACCCUGUACUAGCGAACCUACUACCGUCAUGAGCUUCAAAGGUGGUCCGGGUUCUACAGUCCUCGGUUUUGUUACUGUUCAGUGAUUCCUGCCGAAGCCUCUGUCAGUGAAGUUAACGACCAUGGAAAGGUAUAAAGUAAUAAGGGAGAUUGGUGAUGGGACUUGUGGAAACGUUUUUAGGGCUUACAAUAUAGAAACAAAUGAAAUUGUUGCUGUUAAAAAAAUGAAGAGAAAGUUUUACCACUGGGAAGAGUGCAUUAGUCUGCGAGAAGUAAAGGCCCUCCAGAAACUAAACCACCCUAACAUUGUGCAAUUGAAGGAGGUGACGAUGGAAAAUCAUGAGUUGUUCUUCAUUUUUGAACACAUGGACUGUAAUUUAUACGAUGUUAUAAGAGAAAGGAGUGCUCCUUUCUCUGAAGAAGAGAUACGGAAGUUUAUGCUCCAAAUACUGCAAGGCCUUGUGUACAUGCAUAAUAAUGGAUAUUUUCAUCGUGACCUGAAACCUGAAAAUCUUCUGGUGACAAACGGUAUUGUUAAAAUUGCUGACUUUGGGUUGGCAAGAGAAGUAUGCUCCAGUCCUCCUUACACAGAUUAUGUCUCUACCAGAUGGUACCGGGCUCCAGAGGUGCUGCUACAAGCUUCAGCCUACACACCUUCUAUAGACAUGUGGGCCAUUGGUGCAAUUCUGGCUGAGCUUUUUACACUGUCUCCACUUUUCCCUGGUGAAACUGAGACAGAUCAGCUAUACAAGAUAUGCGCUGUGCUUGGGACCCCAGAUCACUCCCUCUGGCCAGAGGGAAUGAACCUGCCUCGUUCAAGUAGCUUCCAGUUUUUUCAGAUUCCGCCAAGAAAUCUGUGGGAGCUUAUUCCUAAUGCUUCCCUGGAAGCUUUAGACCUGAUCAAGCAACUUUGCUCUUGGGAUCCACGAAGAAGGCCAACUGCUGAGCAAGCACUACAACAUCCAUUCUUUAAUGUGCGCAAGUGGGUACCAAGACCUCUCCAUGAUGCUUCCUACCCAAAGAUGAAUGAGCCUAGAGCAACACCAAGGUUGGAACUGGACCUUUGGUGUUUUGGUAAAGAAUCUGAUGACCUUGAUCUAACUCUCAGCCUAAAGCCAAGCUCUGUAUCAGAUCUUGGUAAGCAUGUUCCAGAACAUAGAGAAGAGGAAAAUCUUCUAUACCCAGGUUAUGGGAAUCCUCCUGUACAGCCAGGGCUGUGGCCACUCAUGUCAUCAUCGCAUCGCCCCUUGGGGGAAGCCCCGGCCAUGCCAUCCUGGCAACAGGCGUACAUGGUUGACAGCCAAGGCGCCACGCUGCCAGCUGCCGGAGGAGGAGGAGGAUUCCCGGGCUCUUCUCCGUUCGGGCUGUUCCCUCUACAGCCGAACCUCAUGGAGAAGCGGUCGCUGGCGCCGGCGCCCAUCCGGCAGGUCAAUUUCUUCUGACCGACGACUGAAUAAUGAUGAUCCCUCCCGGGUUUGACAAGAGCAGCAGAUCGUCAUUACCAUGAUCCAGCGUGGGUUGGGUGCGUGGAGUUAUUUUUUAUACGAGUGCUAGACUCGGACAAUAAGCCGCCGUGGCGAGGCGUCGACAGCAAGCAGCAGCAGACCAAACAAAAAAAUGUACAUACAUAUUCGUGGUAGGUUGACAGUUCCUCAUCGUGUCUGAGAUUCUGUUACUCUGUACAUACAAACAGUUUUGUACGAACGACCGUGGUUUUUCUCGAUAUAUAUUUAUAAUAUCGACGAGUGAGUGAGUGAUGGCCACA